UCCCCUGCUGAUCUGCAUCCACACAGAAACCACUUCCGGUGUGAUACACACUGCAUGAGUUCACCGUGGAUCAUGCUUGGUUGUUAGUCUGUGUUUUCCUUUUUAUUUUAAGAAACGUUUAUUACAAUGGUUUUCUAUUUUACUAGCGAAGUUGUAACCCCACCUUAUACCAUCUAUAUGGGAAAGGACAAAUAUGAAAAUGAAGACCUUAUAAAAUACGGGUGGCCAGAAGAUAUCUGGUUUCAUGUGGAUAAACUGUCCUCAGCCCAUGUGUAUCUCAGACUACCUAAGGGGCAGACAAUAGAUGGUAUUCCAAAAGAAGUGCUGAUUGACUGUGCACAGCUAGUGAAAAACAAUAGUAUUCAAGGCUGCAAAAUGAACAACAUCAAUGUGGUAUAUACACCAUGGACCAACCUAAAGAAAACUGGGGGCAUGGACGUAGGGCAGAUAGGAUUCCAUCGGCAGAAAGAGGUAAGGCUUGUUGCAGUAGAAAAGAAAAUUAAUGAAAUUGUAAAUAGGUUGGAAAAAACAAAAGAAGAGCGCUUCCCUGACCUGGCAGCUGAAAAAGAAUCCAGAGACAGAGAAGAGAGGACUGAAAAAAAAACACAAAUCCAGGAAAUCAAACGAAAUGAAAGAGAAGAAAUGAAGAAGAAAAAAGAGUUAGAUGACCUGAAGAGUUAUUCAUCUCUUAUGAAGUCAGACAAGAUGACCACAAAUGAGGACGGAAAUGACUCUGAUGACUUCAUGUAAAAAAAGAAGCUAUCUUUGAAUAUAAGCAUUUGGAUUUGCAAGACUCAUUGGAUUGGAUGCCAAAAACUAUUCUUUAUAAAAGACCACUUUUUUCUUGGCCAUAUUAAGCUUAGAAAUGACUUACUGAAGAUUCUUUAUGCACAUUUGAGGAUGAAGUCUGGCCUUUGAUAACACACUUACUCAUUGCUUCAAGAAAAGUUGCAUGAAAGCAGUUUGAUUGCUGUUGCACAGUUGUAUCUAGAGCAAACCAAAACAGCAUUGUAAUUUUGUAAUUUUUUAUUUAAAGAGAAACAUAUUUGUAAUAUGAA